AUGAGUUUGAAAAGUUUUUUAAUAGAAAAAGUAUUGGAGAACAAUAUGACAAAAAACGAAGAAAUGGACAUGUCUCAGUUAAAACAUGCUUUUGUAUCUAUUUUAAAUAUAAAAUUGUCUUCUGAAGAUUUUGAUAUCUUGUUUAGAAGGAUAAAUUUAAAAAAUGAUGGAUACGUAACGUGGAACGAAUUUAUUUCUUAUUUAAUAAUGGAAUUUCAAAAGAUAGAUGUAUCGAUACAACAUCAAAUGUUAGAGCUUCCACUUACAGGUUCUCCUGAAAUAUUUAGAACACGGCAUCGUACUCCGAUUUGUAGAAUUGCUUUCUAUCCUGAAUUACUUCCAGAUCGAAGUAGUAGUUUUCAAAGAGGAUGUUAUCUGACUGCUAGCAGAGACGGAGUAAUUAAUUAUUGGUCAUUAGAUUUUAAAUACGAACGCAGUGUACAAUCUACUAGUCCAUUUUUGAAGAUACAACAAACUGCAAUAACCGAUAUGAUAUUAAUGCCAGAUGUGCAAAUAAUUUGUGUGAGCUCUACCGAACGUGAUUUAAGGUUUUACGACGUCGUCGCAAAGAAAUUUGAACUACGUGUUAUGAUAUCAAGUUUGGAUCACAUCGUUGUGUGUAUGUCAUAUUACUUCAGUUCAAGAGUAAAUGAAGACUCUUACAUUAUUUUGGGAGAUAAAAGUGGAUCUGUUGUAAUCAUGACUUUUUCUUCUAUAGAAAAAGGACCUUUCAAGCAACAGCCUGAAUAUAAUACAUUGUUCAUUCGUUAUGAAGCAGUUAUCAAAGGUGAGUUACCUGAUCUAAAAGUUACUGAAAUAAAACAUGUACAUACGAAUUGGAUAAAUCAAGUAGCUUAUUAUGGAAGUCUUCGAGCUUUCAUGUCUAGCAGCAGAUGUUCCGAAUGUUCAUUAUUAUUUAGUGAUCCAACGAGGAUAAGAAUACAUUAUAAAUUUACCAUCGAUAGGGGAAUAUCUUGUUUUAAUUUCUGCGAAGAAAGUCAAAUGCUUGUAACAGGUGGCCCUGAUUGUAUAAUCCGUGUUUGGAAUCCUUUUGUACCGAAAAAAGCGAGCAAUACUCUUCAAGGACAUAAAGCAACUAUUUGUGCUAUAAUCAUACAGAAUUUAGGCCAGCGUAUUUAUUCUUUAUCAAAAGAUAGAUGCAUUAAAGUUUGGGAUGUUCCUACUCAUACUUGUAUACAGACAUACAAUGGCUUACAACAUGAACUAAGCGAAAACGUAAAAGUCUCUGUAAUUUAUAAUGAUUUAACGCAUAAAAUGAUAAUAUGUAGUCUGUUAAUUGCCAUAGUUGUUUGCGAACAAGUAAUCAAUCAGGAAACAUCAGAUGGAAUUACUCAUACAAAGCCUGUUAGCUCUGUACUUUAUAAUCAUUUAUAUAAAGUAAUUGUUUCUACAGGAUUAGAUUCGUGUAUUAUAGUAUGGGAUCCUUGGCUCGGUCGUCGUUUGUAUUUAGUAACGAAUGCUCACAGUAUUUUAUUAUAUGGACAAUAUGUUAACAUCGAAAUUACUGCUGCUACGUUUGAUGAUUCUGAACAUUUAUUGAUAACUGGUGCUAGAAAUGGAUCAUUGAAAAUUUGGAAUUUUAAUACAGGAAUAUGCUUACGGAAUAUGGCAAUAGAAGAUCAAUGCGAAAUAACAAGUUUAAGUUGGGUGGAGAAUCGUAUUUUAUGUACCGGAUGGAAUCGACAUGUUACAGAAUUUACAAUUUCUAAACUUGAUACAUAUAAAAAAAGCUGGGAGUUGAUACAUACAGACGAUAUACUUUUCUCAGCUGUACGAUAUCCACAAGUUUUAACCACUGCUUCAUAUAAUGGUGAAAUUAUUUUUUGGCAACUUGAAACAGGUCAACCAUACAGAAGAUAUCAAGUAUGCUAUUAAAUAUAAAAAUAAUCUUAAAG